AUGCCAAAGUCCAAGCGACGCUGUCGCAUGCACGCUCUGUGCGAAGCCGUCCUAAGUCGGAAGGUGCGUCACGAAUACUCGGCAGGACUGACGGAGCUCCUCUACUCAAGUUUGUGCGGCCUUCCUCGUUUAGAUUUCUACCAGGCUGCUCACCCUGUAGACCACAUGAGUGGGUCAUCAUUCAGUGGAACCGGCGGUGGCCAGCCGCCGUCCCUGGACCAGCGAGACUCGGCCGGUUGCACUCCAAGCCACAGCGGAAGUAGAUUCGAAAGAACGGACGAUGCGAAUUACUCGGGAACGCAGUCGUUUACUGAGAUCCACAGGGCGGAUGCGCAACAGUGCACCACGCGCGAAGCUCGCCGGAGUGCCGUGUCCCUGAACGACCACUGCGACAGCAAGGACCACAAGCAGAGCCUGAACGACACGUCGUGGCCCCAGUCGGCCGGAAUCCUGACGGCGUCGCAGCUGCGCGACCUGCGAGGAACGGGCGAGAACGGAUGCAGUUUCGAGUUCUCCGCGCCAGGGAGCUCGGGCCUCAUUGUGUCCGUGAUCGAGAUGAACCUGCGCAUGGGUGUGCUCAACGAGUCCUGCCUCGACUACAUUUCUGUGAUAACCAAGUUCAACUUCGGCUCUGACAAGGACGAGCGCUGUGGCCGGAUAACGAGCGAGCAGAACUACCACUUCGCAACGACGCACUCGCUGCAGCUCAAGCUUUUUUCCAAGACUCCCCUCACGAAUUUUUUCGACGACUACAUCCUCGCCGUGGUCGCCACCAGCUACGCUGAGUCGCAAGACGGCGUCUGUGGACCGGAGGAGUUUCAGUGCACGGCCGGUGACCGCUGUAUCCACAAGGGCUACCGCUGUGACAACGUCAACAACUGCGGCGACAACAGCGACGAAGCCCAGCUGGGCAACUCCAUGUGCCUGAUGCCGCUCAGCUCAUUGGUUUUGAUCAUUGCUGGCUUGGCGGAUUUGUUGAUUACUUGGUGCAUCGUACUCGGCUGCUGCCUUCGAUCGGCCCUCACCAAGCAAAAGGCCCUGCAGCAGGACCGGUGGGGAGCCCUCGCCCCCGAGGACGCAGCACUCGAGGAAACAGAGGAGGAGAGCAGCGACGUCGACGACCAAGACGAUGACGGUGGCACCGGCGACGCCAACGCCAGCACCAGUUCGCAGCAAGAGAAGGGGAACGCCUUUCGCAACCCGCUGGCUGCCACUUUGCGCAGCCAAGAGGAUGAGCGCGAAGAGCCGGCUGCCGCCUCGGAGGGCGCCUCGUGA